CCUCCAUGCCCGCGUGCGCAGGCGCAGUGCUCGGUGUUGCUGUGUAUCUGGGCUCCUUACUACUAGGUCAGGGGUCCAGGGCGUCCCGAAGGUGUCGGUGGGCCAGCACGGGCGGCCCCGUGGGCGAGGUGCAGAGCGGAUGUGACAGCCCUUCUCCCCGCAGACUUGGCCGCGACAUGACAACGCUGUUGGUGCGGAGGAUGGUGGCCUCAGUCGUGAGCCCCUUGCUCCGUCUCAGUUCCCGCGCCGCGAACCCUCCCGCCUUCUCUAUGCUCCUGGCCGGUCCGCUCCGAGGUGCGGGGUCUCUGCUCCUGCGCGGCCCCUUGCCCUGCCUGCAGCCCGCACUGGGCUUCAAGACCAAGGGCGUCCUCAAGAAGCGCUGCAAGGACUGCUACCUGGUGAAGAGGCGGGGGCGGUGGUUCAUCUACUGCAAAACCAAUCCCAGACACAAGCAGAGGCAGAUGUAGCUUCCUCCCCUCAAGAGUAAUGCGCAAGGUUACCACGGCUCGAGUCUUUGAGAAUAUGGUUGUACCUGAGCAAGAGUGAAGACGCCAGGACUCUUACUUAGGGAGUGCCCUAAAUGUUACUACUCUCUUCGGUUUUGAUGUGCCUUUAUAGUUAGUUUAUUUGCCAGUUAAAAACACUUUUUCAUUAAAGACAUCGUCUGAAUAGUUUAA